AAUUUCAUGUUGGCGCUCAGGCGCUGAGCGCUCUGAGCAAAAUACUCAUAACAACUGGCACAGCCACUUCGACCUCAUUCCCGGCCCAAAGUCCGUUCGUUUCCUCAAGUUCUUCCCUGACGUCUUCUUGAAAUCAUCUAUGCCAUCAUCACUCACUGCAUCUCAGGAGGAGCUCAAGGCGGCCAAAGUGCCUUUGGCUUGGAGAGACCAGUGUUCAGCACUCUUGAUACCUUUGAAUACCUGCCGGAGGGAGAACUAUUAUUUACCCUGGACUUGCGAGAAUGAGCGCCACGGCUAUGAGAAGUGCCAAUAUGAUGACAUGAUGCGGAGGAUGAAGAAAAUGUCAAAACUGGAACUCCAGCAAGCAGAGUAGACAGCCGAAGUUGUCAUAUAGAAGACUUUCUUAAGAACGCUCCGUGUCAAUCGCUUUCGAGACAUCAAACAAUGCAAUAAGAUAGAUGAAU